AUGGAGUCCGGGAGCAGAGACCAGACCGACGCCUCCGCUCGCUCCAACGCCAACGGCCUCAAAGAGCCAGGCCGGAACCCUCGGCUCUGGACGCCGACCAGCUGUCGUGGCAACAAGGACCGUUUGGAACCCAUUUCAAAGUUCCACAGUUGGCUGAAAUGGAUGGAUGAGACAAACCACCCUGACGUUCUGCAGUGCCUGAACGCGCCAAUCCUAACGGAUGCUGAACGUGAAGCAGCUUACGCAGGACAAAUCACUCCGAGGAUGAUCUGUGUUGGAUUCUUAGAGGGCGGCAAAGGCUCCUGCCAGGGGGAUUCCGGUGGCCCAGUGGUAUGUAAUGGGGAGCUCCAGGGCGUUGUUUCGUGGGGCAUCGGAUGUGCUCUGCCCGGUUACCCUGGGGUUUACACCAGAGUCUGCAACUUCGUUGGCUGGAUCCGUGAUACCAUUGCUGCUAACUAAAACAGCCAUUUCUCCCCUUGUUUCAACAAGCUGGUUUCAUUUCCAACUCAUGUAAUUCAUCUUGAAAAAGAACAUAAACAAAUAAAUAGA